CGGAAAUGUCAGUCAGGCUGCUACUUGGUGAAAUAUUAAUGUCAGCUUAACGUCCCGUUCUUAGCUUUCUGUGCUACUAAAACGUCUUGGAAGCCAAGCUGACUUAUCCACUUGUCUGACAAAGUGGAGGACCAAAUAGAAAAAAAGUCAAGGGAGAAAUGACAGUUUGCCUGUACAAUUGUCUGUCGGCGGCUGGGCUUCAGCGUCAUUAUUCAAGGUUCACCUUGAUGGGUGUUUACCGGGCAGCCCAUCUUUCCACACUGAGCAUGGAGGACUACCCCCUCCUGGGAGUUUGCUCUAUGGAGGAUAGAGCUCGCCUUUUCCAGCUGGUCCAACUGGUUAAAAGCCUUGAUCUAAGGAGCCUUAGAAAUGACGAUAUUGGGAUUUAUAAUAAGUGCGAUUAUGAAGAAGACAAUGAGCUAUUUCCUUCUAAUAAUAGCUUCAGUCCUGAUGGGUAUGGAAACACCAAUGGAGAUGUGAGAAGGGAUAAGAAUGAAAGUGGAGCUGCUUCUAAUGCAUUCAGUGAUAGACCAUCAUAUGUUCGCAGACGGCUGGAUUUCUCUUCUGAAAACACAGACCAGAAAUUGUGUUCUCAUUUUGAAGACACCAUUUAUGUCUACGCAAGUCACAACAGGAAUGAUGAUCCAGUUCAUGAAAAUGGAUCAGCCACACCCAUUCAACUGGGGCUUCACAACAGAAAAGCUGUGGUGUGUGACCUUCGACAAAGCAAAAACAGUAAGCUAAAUGAGCGUAGCUGUUCAUGUGAUCCUCUCAAUGGACAAAGCAUCCAGCUGCACGUCACACGGGAAUCUUCAGUGCUCAACUCUCACAUCAGAUUAGUACCAAAGAGUGAGACAUUCAACAAAUUGAAUCCUGCCCCAGCAGCAGUAACAUCGGAAUCACUUAUUAACAAACCAUCAGCACAGAAAGACAGAAAGACAAUCUUCAGGAAGAAAAAGAGCCCUGCAGAUGUUACCAAGCCCACGCCUAUUUAUGAAGCAAAAACAACAGCCGGCUACAAUUAUGGACUACCUCUGAGUCCUCCUCAGGCUGCAAACAGACAUGGGGAAGGACAACGGAUCAGCGUGUGUGUGAGGAAACGACCUUUAACUCUUGCAGAGUGCAAAAGAGGAGAGGUAGAUGUUGUGACAACUCCGAGUGGAGAGUGUAUGGCAGUUGUGCACGAAAGCAAAGAAGCUGUGGAUCUCACAGAGUACAUAUUACAGCACAGGUAUCAUUUUGACCAGGUUUUUGGAGAGGAGUGCUCCAAUGAAGAGGUCUAUCUGAAAACAGCGUAUCCUUUGGUACAGCACAUGCUCAGUGGAGGCAAGGCCACCUGCUUUGCGUAUGGACAGACAGGUGCAGGAAAGACUCACACCAUGCUGGGUUCAUCCCCCACUGGAACUGGCUUAUAUGCUCUAGCCGUUCGGGACAUUUUUGCUCACCUGUCUGCGACAAGCGCAUCUCUACUGGUUUAUGUCAGCUUCUUUGAAAUCUACUGCGGCCAGCUGUACGACUUGUUGGAACACAGGAAAAGGUUAUUUGCCAGGGAGGAUGGAAAGAAAGUGGUUCACAUUUCAGGUCUGCGGGACAUCCGAGUGGAUUCAGUCAGCUCACUGCUGGAGGUAAUUUCACAGGGAACAGCUGAGCGAACACAAGGGACAAGUGGCGUGAAUCCUCUUUCCUCUCGAUCCCAUGCCUUGCUUCAAAUUCAGCUCAGGAAUCUUAAUCACCAGAUAGCUGGAAGAAUAUGGUUUGUGGACCUGGCAGGCAGUGAGAGAGCUUCAGAUGCCAAAGAACCAAACAAGCAGAGUCGCAUGGAGGGAGCUGAGAUCAACCAGAGCCUGCUGGCUCUGAAAGAAUGUAUCCGUUCUCUGGACAAAGAGGAAUCUCACACUCCUUUCCGACAAAGCAAACUCACUCAGGUUUUAAAGGACUCAUUUGUUGGUGACUCGAAGACAUGCAUGAUUGCCAACAUUUCACCGGGUCACUCAGCAACAGAACACACACUCAAUACUCUGAGAUAUGCAGAUCGUGUGAAGGAGUUGAGAGGACAAAAUGGGCCAAUUGGAAGAAAAAGAAGCAGAAGCAUAAUGGCCCGGUCUGACAACAGCAACACAGGGAACAGAAGAAAUGUUGGGACUUCUAAAAAUCCAAAGCUAGGGAAUCAGAACAAGAAUUUCAGCCCACACAUAUCACAACCAGUUUUCUGCUCAACACCCACAAAACCUUCUUGUUUAGAGGAAACAAAAUCAAGAAACAGAAAGGUCAUAGAACUUGAACAUAUUAGCCCAAUUAGAGGGUCGUUGGCACAGACUGAAGACAGGUGUUUGAGUAGAGGGCUGGAGGUCAGACGGGAUGGGAGAACUGAAAAUGAAACGUACAAUGAUAUUCACAGUCACUGUGUUAAAGGGAAACAUACCAGAGCAGUGGGAAUGUUGGGACAACAAAACAAUGGAGCUGUUAAAGGGGAAGAUUUAACUUUUUCUAAAAGGGAAUCUGGAUUCUACCACAGGGAAAAGGAGAACUAUCAGCAGACUGUGGAAGAGAGAAAGAGAGAGGAACCAGAAUGGGCAGAAAUGAGAAGACAGGCUGUAAGCUGUAGAGACACAUGCAAGGAAGAAGAGGAGUUAAAAGAAAGAGAACUACACAAAGCUGACGAAAAAGAGAAAGUGAGGCAUCUGAGAGAGUAUCAUCAGCAGCUGCAGCAGUUUUCACCCUCACCAAUGUCUUCAUGUGUCCAUCCUCUCUCAUCUUCGUCUUUCUCUUCCUCUACUCGGGGAUCUCUGUCUUUCCUCCUGCACUCGUCUAACUUUUCAUUCUCUACCCAAACCGAUCCUUGUUUAGAAGAGACUUCAGAUGUGCAAACCGAAACCUCUGCAAACCACACUAAGAAUGUUGCUGAUGACGAUAAGUGUGUAAACGAGAGGAAGGUGAAGACUGAGGCAGCUGGGAGGAAGGAGGAGGAGAGGCUAGCUGGUAUGAAGGGGGGACACCUGAGGGACUGCUGGAUGGGAAGCACAGAAGUGGAGUCCAAGCAAAUCCCAACAAAAACAGAGGCACACCUGUCUGGUUGCCUUGAUUCAGAGGUCAAAAGGGAUGUGGAUCUGCAGAAACGGCAAACAACAGACAAAGCAUGGAGCCAUGAGCAGAAAGGAGUGUCUGACCACUACAGCAAAAAUCUUCAUCUGCAAUUUAAUGCACUUUCCCCAGUAUGUGAAAACAGCAGCAAAAUGUCUCUUUUACCUCACGUUGAUAUUUCUGGAGAUUCUUUAAGCUGCUUUACAGAUCCUCUCAGCAUUUCCCAGCUUCAUGUGGAGCGGCAGCGGCAGCCUGCUGGUCCACACAAAGAAUUUUCCUUGUCUCCAUUGGAGCCGCCCCGCUCAAAGAACGCCCAGAUGAAUAUGUCUGCUACAUAUGACACUGCAACAGCAGCUGGUCACCAUGAGCAAAAGAAAUGCAUCGCAAUCACUGUCGAUGGAAGAGGUACAGAUACACCUUUCUCCAUCCAAGACCAGCGGAACAAGGAGAAAAAACUAUCAACUUUAGAAAAAAAUGUAACUGCAUCCAUAAUUAAGUCCCAGGCUUCAUCUUUAAUCAAAAGCACUGAGGAUUGUAGCUCUCAGUCUACACACAAUUCACUAGAAUGUACACAUAAUAUACACUCUAAAACCAACAUAUCUAAGCAACAUUCAGAGCCUCAAUAUGGCUUCUUGAACUCAGCACAGGCAAAUUAUUACAAUAUCUCAAGAGUUGAUGCUGAGCAGUUCAAUCCUGCUGAGUUGGGUAGAGAAGAAAGCAGCAACCAGCAAAUCAAACUCACAAUCCAUCUGUUCACCGUGGACAGAUCGGACCACGCAAGGUUGCACAUUAUUGAGGUCCACUUGGAGCAGCUGAAAGAGAUGGAAGCUAUUUGUCACAAAGAGGGGGAACUUCUUUGCCAGCAGCAUGAUCUGGCUUUUGUGGAAUUUGUCCACAAGCUGGAUGAGAUCCUGGAGCGGAAGGCUCAGUGUGUACACAACAUGAAAGCUCAUCUGAAGCCCUAUCUGAAGACCAACCAUCACUCCACACAAGAAGAUUAGAAAAAAUGAAUUUUUCACACAAAAACCCCCCAGCAUGCUUUAAAAAUCCAGCAAGAAAUUUAUUCCACUAUAAACUUGAAUGAUGAA